CGCACCAGCUACGGCGGUGGCUGUGGCAGCGGUGGCUGCUGCGCGGCGUCGGGCCGGCUCGGGGCGCGCCGGCCGGGACCCAGGGUGGGGGACGCCGAGAUGGAACCGCUGGCGCCCAUGCGGCUCUACACACUCUCCAAGCGCCACUUUGUCCUUGUGUUUGUCGUUUUCUUCUUCUGUUUUGGCCUGACUGUCUUCGUUGGAAUCAGAGGACCCAAAGUGAUCCAGACUACUACAGCUAAUUUUUCACUAAAUAAUAGCAAAAAGCUGAAGCCAAUUCAAAUACGUUCAAAUCCACUAUCUACGUAUAACCAGCAGCUAUGGCUGACAUGUGUUGUUGAGUUGGAUCGAUCAGAAGAAACUUCUAUUCAGACCAGUUUUUCCAUGACUGUUAAAGUGAGUGUGGCUCAUGAUGGAACACGAUGUACAUUCACAAUUAAGGUUCACAAUCGAACGAGGACCUCACGUUGUGCAAGCAAAUGUGCAGAGAUUAUUGUGGCUCACCUUGGCUACUUGAAUUACACACAGUAUACGGUGACCGUGGGAUUCGAGCACCUAAAGGAACGCAUCAAGGAGAUGAACUUCACCUGGAAGACAUAUGAUCCUGCAUUUUCCCAGUUGGAAAUUUGGUUCCGCUUUGUCUUUGUGGUGCUCACCUUCAUUGUCACUUGCCUGUUUGCACAUUCCCUGCGCAAGUUUUCCGUGAGGGACUGGGGCACUGAGCAGAAGUGGAUGUCUGUCCUCCUGCCACUGCUGCUGUUGUACAACGAUCCGUUCUUCCCCCUGUCCUUCCUGGUGAACAGCUGGUUCCCAGGGAUGCUGGACGAUCUCUUCCAGUCAUUGUUCCUGUGUGCCUUGCUGCUCUUCUGGCUGUGCGCGUACCAUGGGAUACGGGUUCAGGGAGAAAGAAAGUGUUUAACUUUCUAUUUGCCAAAAUUCUUCAUUGUUGGCCUAUUGUGGCUGGCUUCUGUUACGCUAGGAAUAUGGCAAACGGUUAAUGAGUUACAUGAUCCCAUGUACCAGUAUCGAGUCGACACUGGAAAUUUUCAGGGCAUGAAGAUCUUCUUCAUGGUGGUGGCAGCUGUGUACAUUUUAUACCUCUUGUUCUUGAUCAUACGGGCAUGUUCUGAGCUCCGGCACAUGCCUUAUGUGGAUCUCAGGUUAAAAUUUUUGACUUCGUUGACCUUUGUAGUGCUUGUCAUUAGUAUCAUCAUCCUUUAUUUGAGGUUUGGAGCACAAGUAUUACAAGACAACUUUGUAGCAGAACUGUCGACUCACUACCAGAACUCAGCUGAAUUCUUGUCUUUCUAUGGCUUGCUCAACUUUUAUCUCUACACUUUGGCCUUUGUGUAUUCUCCAUCGAAGAAUGCUCUGUAUGAAUCCCAGCUGAAAGACAAUCCUGCAUUUUCCAUGCUAAAUGAUUCUGAUGAUGAUGUGAUUUACGGGAGUGACUAUGAAGAAAUGCCCCUGCAGAAUGGCCAGGCCAUUCGGGCCAAGUACAAGGAGGAGUCUGACAGCGACUGAACCCCGGGCAGCAGGCGAGAUGGCAAGGAGGCCAGAGCCUUCCUGCAGUGACCGUGUCCUGGCCUCCCUUCUACCUGCUUCUCUUGUGAGCAAAGGUUUCCUAGUCCUUGUUUACAUAUUUUUAAGAGAAAAACCAAAACCAAGAACAGAUUUAACUGUUGGGUCAAGAAAUGUUAGGGUGGCUCCAUUAGAGAAGAGAGGCUGGCAGAAAGCUUUUCACAGAUUUCACAUAAAACAGCAUUUUCCAGUGUGAGGAGAAACUAUGCCUAUUUGCAAUAGAAAGAAUUACGUACUUUUUAUUUUUAAAAAUAAUUCACUUAGCUCCACGUCCACAGGAGGCCCUCAUGACUUAAGACCCAGCACAGCAGCAUUGCUCCUCCUGCUUCCUUCCUUGCUUUCCCCAUGGACUAGUUAGGGCCUUGAUUCCCAGGGAUCUGGAGCGAUGACAGUGACUGUGCCAUGUAGGUAUGACUCGCCAGGGUCCAGGCCUUGCCAGAGCAGAAGUGCUGAGGGACUUGGGAGGCUGAAUGAGGAAAGGUGACUUAACAAGUCACCAGCCCCAUGAGCAAGGUCUUGUCCCGUGGUGCUGUCCAAAGCUCUGUGUGCACGAGUUGCACCAACGUGAACAUGAGCCAGUCUCCCUGUGUUGGGGUGGGCAACAGGGUAGCCCUUCCCAUCCCAUUAACUAGUUUCUGCAGCUCUGCUGAACAUGAAACUCCAUAGAGCUCUCUAGUUUUGUUUUUUUAAUGAGCGCUACAUGAAAUAUUGCUGUAUUGUAGAUUCUUUAUUGCCAAAAAGUUUUUCAGUUUUAUAUUUGGAAAUUAGAUAGAGAAUAAGUAGAAUACUUUCAGUGGAGGUGGAAAAACAACUUUGGGUAGAGGCAGCUUGUUUGGGGGUCAUUCCCAGAUCUGUUGUGGUCAGGUGAGCCAGACGCAUUGUUCUGUGGAAAGUGGACGUCUGGUGCUGGAGAAGCUCAGUGCUGGAGAUGGGCCUCUGAGAACAUGGCAGUUUCUGUCAGAGACUCAGCUAGAGUCUGGUGUAGGAGUUUCCUGCGCUUCUUCCUGGCCAUCCCCAGGAACACCUCUGUUAACAUGGUAACUAGCUAUCCUGCCUGCUGCCGUCCUGGCAAACAGAGGCCCAGGAAGGGGGGGUCAUCCCACUCUCCAGGCAGCACCUACAUUCCCUUCAUCUAUGCAUGGACGCUCAGAUUUCCACUCAGAGCUGCAGGUCACGGCCACCUCAGGUGGUGCCCAGACCCCAGGAAUGCUUGGGAGAGACUAUUCAAUAGGACUUCCUUUUUAAACCUAAUGUACUUUAAUAUGGAUUCCUUUUGUUUAAAAAAACCCUGUAAAUACGAAUGUCUGAAGGAAAGCAUCUGUAUUAUUGCAAGAUGAUACAAGUUUACAUGAUUUUACAUUUGCAGUGCUGUGAUUUUUUUUUUGAUCCUGUGUACUCAGAGGUAUUGAAAAAAAAGUUUGUUACCAAAUUUUACAACUUGUAAGACCACUCUAACUAUAAAUAAUUUUAUGUACACUGAUGAAGACUGAUUUGUGCUGAUUAACACAUUCUGAUAUAUGAUACAGUUUACAUGUUUUAAUCACUACAAAAGAAUUGUCCAUGAUUUGGAAUGCUGUUAUUUAUCAGUAAAUGUAAGAUAUUUGAGACAUUUAGCUAUAGAUAUUAGACCUUUUAAAAACUUGUCUGUCCUGUAGUGUAACUAUAAACUGAUCACUAGAAUCUUCAUACUUUGAUUCUUCAUGGUAUCAGUGAAAUAAAAAAUAGAGGAGUAUUUUUGGUUGGAAACAAGAAAAAUAUUAGAAAGGAAGCACUUAAGGGGAAAAUAGUUCUUUAUUAAAUCAUGCAUUUUCAAUUUGUCUUUCCUGGAGUUUCAUGCAUAUCAACAUAGUCUACACUUCAUGUAAAAUUUUGAUUCAAGUAUGGAGCAUUCAGUGUGUAGAAUAUGUGCCAUAGGUAUUAGGUUAAAACACUAAAGGCUGCCAGAAACUUUGGCAGAAAGUUUGCCGGAACAAGAAAGUUGUUUUCAUUUCCAAGAAAAUUGUUUUGCAACCUUAAGGUAUAAAUUCAAAGGGCUGACUUUAGUUCUUUCAUGGUAAUGGCUUAAAUAACAUCUUUGGGAUAUUUUUUAUAUUGGUCCAGGCUAGGGGAACCUGCAAGAUGAACUCUCUGGGGAGAGCUUCAUUAUCCCUGUGGAUAAUAGCUCCACUGGAUUUAUUAUGGGAUCAUUUUAGCAGUGACAUGGUGCCGUUAAGCCCCAGUUGCAAGGCUAGAGAAGGGGAUCUAUAGAGUAUAUUCAGGGCUUGAAAGGUGGUCCAGACUGCAGUAAGUUCAGAUACAGUUUGUGAACUUAACCCACUAGAUAUGGACAGGUUACAACACACGUCACCAGCCUCAAGUAUUUCAUGAACUAUUUACUAAAGGGACAGCUAUGAUAAGUUAUAAUAUAGCCAGCAACUUAUUUCCUGAGUUUUCUCACAGGAAAAACACAAGUACCCAUAAAAGGGGUAAUUAAAAUGGACUUCUAUGAAUGUUUAGUAAAGAGUAUACUUAAGACACUAAAGUGUAUUUGUAUGCUUGAGGGUUUUAGAAACCAAUUGCCUUAGAGGUUAGGUUUUGGGAAAAAAAAAUCUUUUCCCCAGGCCAGAGGGGAAUUGCUUUAGUAUAUGACAUUUUGUUGAGCAAUUUGUCUUGAUAGGAUAUUUUGCAUAUAUUAAUAAGUGUAUCACUAUGAAACAAAAGUAAUUUCUGCUACUGAAAAUGGCCUUUUUAUGAAAAGAUGUAAAUAUUUGUAAUAUAAAACAUCACUAAGCUUUAGCUCAGAAGGAAAGCUAGAACUAUCUAUGUAUUAGAGUUUGGAACUUUCAGGAGGCCAGUGCCACCUCAUCAGUGGCUGUUGUAAUCAAUCAGGCAAAAAGUAAAUAAACGUUUAUUUAUGGCAAACUCACAUUUUGAGAGUGGCUUCUAUAUUAGUCAGACCUUUCAUUGCUGUGACAAAUACCGGAGAGAACAAUUUCAAAGGAGGAAAGAUUUAUUUUGGCUCAUGGUUCAGAGGGUUGAGCCAGUGAUCGGUUUGCUUCAUUGCUGUGGGCCUGUGGUGAGGCAGCCUUGUGUGCGGUGGAACAGAGCUGCUUGUCUCAUGGUGGCCAGGAAGCAGAUUGCUAGGAAAGGGGUCUAAGCAAGAUAUAGCUCCUAAGGACAUGCCUCCUGUGCACUACUUCCUCCAAUUAGAUCCUACCUCCUUAAGUUUCCAGAACCCCAAGGGCCUUCAACAC